UUAAGUCUAACCACCAAUAACUUGAACAUUCGCAACUUCUAACAAUUUUAGCAGUCCCCUGUUGCAAACUGUCCCCUGAUUACCCAAACGCUAGUGCGCAGGAGUAAAAAUGUCGCCGAUCCUCAAAAGUCGAUAUCAAGAGUACAUGUCCGUAUACAUGAAGUUUUUUUGACCUAAUAAUGUUCAUCAGGAUUACUUUAACUUAAAAAAAAUUCAGGCAUUCUGAUAUUUAAAGGUAAUACAAGAUGGCGGCCAAGUCGCAGGAGUUACGAAAAUUAAUGAGGCAGCAAAAGAAUACCAAAAAGAAGAUAAAACACCCCCUUGCAAAAUACAAUAACUUAGACCAACUAGUUUGCAUAAUUUGUAAUUCAGUAAUCAAGAAUGAAAUUGUUUGGAAUGCCCAUUUGCAAAGUAAAAGGCACAAAGAGAAUGUUUCUGCUUUAAAGAAUAAACAGUUCACUCCACAACAACCAAUUAGUAAACCACAGCCAGAAGCAAAAUCAAAACCAAAACCUAUACUAAAGAGUAUCCUCAAAAAAGACAGGCCUGAUCAAUGUUCAAAUAAUAAAACAAUUCCUAAUGGCAAUGUGCCCCCAGACUUUUUUGAUGAUAGUGUAAACAACAGAACUAAUGUUGCCCACGCUGAAAACUUACAGACCGAAAACUCACAGACCGAAAACUCAAUAAACAAUAGCGAAAACAAUACUGCUGCCCCUCCUGACAAAGAUGCACUGCCCUCAGAUUUCUUUGACGAGAAGUCAUCUAGUACUUCAAAAAGUAAAGAAGAGACAGACGAAAAAAAUAAUCCAAGAAAAAGAAAAGCUAGUUCAACCUCAGAACAGCUACCUGAAGGAUUUUUUGAUGACCCAAAGCAAGACGCAAAGGCUCGAAAUGUGGAAUUUAAGGAUCCACAAGAUGAAGAGUGGGAAAAGUUUCAAAAAAUGAUACAAGAAGAAACCAAAAUUUCUGAAACAAUACAAGAUGAGGAGGAUGAAGAAGCUGAAAUGUUGAAAGAUAUGGCUGAGCUUAAUAACAUGAAGUCAUGCCUAUCACGUGUGGAAAAGCUUAAGAAACUUGUCAAAAAGAGUAAUCGUGCCAAGUUAGAGAAAAAUAAAAAGGAAAUAUUAGAACAGAAUGAAGACAUUGAUGGCUCAGAUGAUUCUGAUGAAGAUUUAAAUAACAUUUUUGAUUGGAGAGCAAAAAUGGCAUAAAACGUUAUUCUAGAUGUAGUUGCACUGAUGACUUCUUGAGGAGGUCAAUUAAACCAUUAGUGAUUAUGCUAACAUUGUAAUGGUUAUAAACCCUAAUGAACUUCAUGGAAAUGAUGUAAUGUAAGAAAAUGAUGUUGCCAAAAAAGAAUAUCCAUUCAAACAAUCUUAAUUUUACACAUGUGAGGUCUUAACAGAAGUUUACUUACUUAUGUACAUGCGUUUGAGAAAAUAGUGUUUUGGAAACACAUUUUCUGUCAGCUUUAUCAAAAAAACGUGAUAAAAACA